AUGGCUUCAAAUUCAAUAACAUCUCAUUCUGAAUGUCAAACUUAUUAUUCAAGUUGUACAUUAAGCAACACUGGAAAAGGAUGUGUAACAAUACCUCUAAAAUGUGAAGCAAUUACAAUAGAAGCUGCUUGCAAAAUAAAAGCUAAUAAAUAAUCUUGUGGUUGGACAGGAUCUUAAUGUAUUGAUAAAGCCUGCAAUACUGCUCCCAAAACUAUUUCGACAACUUCAGACUGUCAAGCUUAUUUAUCUUCUUGUGUGGCUAAUAAUCCAAUAACAAUAAAUGGAACCUCAACUAUUUAAGGAUGCUAAGAUUUACCUAAAACUUGCGAUUCUAGAAAAUCAUCUGAAAAUUGUAAUAUUACAAGAGCAACAUUUCCAACCUGUUUUUGGGAUUCUUUAUAAAACAAAUGCGUUGAAAAAUCUUGUACAACCGCAAAUUUAUCAGGUUCACCAGGAGCACUUUCAAUUGGAAAAUUCACAUUUGAUAAUUGUUAAAGUUACUUGAGUAUAUGCAUUACAAAUAAUGCUCAAGAUAGCUGUACUUAAACAUCAUAUCCUUGCAUUUCAAAUAAUAGUUAAGAUGGAUGUAUGAUUAAGCCCACAAGUUGUUCAUAGUUAGUUCAUUCAAAUUGUAAAGAUAGAUCUAAAUCUAAUGGUGAUUGUUAUUGGAAUGGAUCUAAUUGUGUCGAAAAGAUAUGUACAAAUAUAAUAUUAACAACACAUAACGAUUGUUAUAACAUAUUCAAUCAAUUACAGCAUGCUUACCCCUUAGCCACUACUUGUACAUCAUAUAAAAUCUAAGAGAAUUGCAAAAUUACAUCUGCAUAAAAGAAUUGUUAUUGGACAGGAACAGUUUGUAGAAAUGCGAUUUGUGAUGACACUCCAGAUUCUGAUCUAUUUGAUUCAGAUGAAGAAUGUCUUAAAUAUCAAACUCAGAAUGAAACAUGUACAAUAAUUGCAAAAGUGGGAGGUUAAGGGUGUGUUUAAAAAUAGCCAGUUUGUUCUAAUUAUAAAACUUCUAGUUAAUGUCAUAAGACUAUAUCAAAUUUAAAUGUUUAAGAUGAUUGUAAAUGGAUUAAUGGAAUAUGCUAUUCAUUGUCAACUUUUGCAACAGGAGCUUGUUCUACAUUUAAAGGAACACAAGAAAUGUGCAAAGCUUAUAGAUAGGGAUGCACCAAUGUAGCUAAUGCUAGUACUUCAACUGCAUGUACAUUAGAUUGCACUUUAAAAAUUGGAAGUGGAUUGACAUUCUAAGAUUGCUAAAAUGUAGACCCAACUUGUUCGGUUAAAAAGGAUGGUAGUGGUUGUAUUGUAAUUUAAUCUACAUGUACAGGAUAUGGUACAACAGAUGUAAAUUGUUAUAAAUCUAAUGCAACUGGAACACAAGCAAAUUGUGUCAUGAAUAAAGCCACACCACCAAGUUGUUAAUCAGUGAGUUCAGCGUCUGAUUGCGCACUUGUAAGUGGAUCAGGAAUAUAUCAUGCUAAAUGCUAAGCAUUUAAUAUUGCAUGUACAUCUUUAGGUGAUGGAAGUGGGUGUUAAGAAUUUAAAGCAAAUUGCACUUCUUAUACUGGUAAUACUGAUAAUUGCACAGUCUCUUAAUAAGGUAAAUGUUAUCUAAAUGGUUCUGAUUGUAUUCGUUUUUCUAAUUGUUUUUCAAUUACUGGAACAAACCUUACUCAUUAGAUAUGUAAUUCCUAUAACGCUGAUUGUACAGUAAAUAAAUAAAAAACAGUGUGUUAAGAUAGGAGAGCUACAUGUGAUUUAUACACAUCUCAAGAAUAAUGCACAGUAUCUGCAGCUGCCUUAAAAGCAAGUUAAUGUGUUUGGAGUGGAACAAAAUGUCUUGCUGUUACAGUAGUUGCUACUCAUUGUUCCUACAUAACUGGAACUUACUUGACAGAUUCAUUAUGCGCUACUUACAAUAAUAAUUGUACUGUAAAUUACGAAAAGACUGCUUGCUAGGAGAAGAAAGCUUAAUGUAGUUUAUAUUCAACUAAAAGUUCAUGUACUCUAUCAUAGGCGACUGGUACAGCAGGAAAAUGCAUAUGGAAUAAUGGAAGUUGUCGUAUAAUGAUAUCCCUUGUGACAAUUGCUGGAUCUAUUAAGGACUAUUAAAUGUCAAGUGCAAGAUGUGCAUAGUUUAAUCCGGCUUUUGCAGCCAAAAAAGAUGGGUCUGAAUGCUUUAUAAAACAAGGUUCAUGUAGUCUGUACACAGAAGACUAUUGUACAACAUCCUCAGCAUCAGGUACAGCAGCAAAUUGUAUUUGGGAUGGUUCACAUUGUUUAGCAUUUACAUCUGGUUCUCUUUGUAAACACAUUCAAGCAUUUGAAAUAAAUGAGAGCUAUUGCCCUUCAGUUAAUCCAUUGUGUACUACAAAAUUAACGAGAAACGGCUGUUAUGGAAAGAAGGCUAAUUGUUCAGAUUAUGAUGUUGAAGGUGAUUGCUAAUAAUCACUAGCUUCUGGUACAGCAGGGUUUUGUAUAUGGACAGGUUCAGUUUGCACUUAUGUGACAGACCCUGCCAAUCAAUGUGCUAAGAUACUAUCUGCUCUUCUUGCAACAGAUGAAUAAUGUGCUAGUUAUCAUGCUUCUUGUAUUCCUUUAAUGAAUGGAGCUGGAUGUCAAUAUAUUCAAUCAAAUUGUGCUUCAUACACAGAAGCAAAAAAUUGUUAUAAAUCAUUGAAUGACGGUUAUUGUGCUUGGAUAGAUAGCAAAUGUAUAUUUUUCACAAGUCCUAGUUAAUGUGCUUCAGUUUCUGGUUCUAGUUUGACUAGUAAUUAUUGCAAUGGAUUACACAAAGAAUGCUGGCCCGCUACAAGCAAGUAGACAUGUUAUUAGAUGAAAUCUACUUGUGCACAAUAUAAUAACGAAGGAUAAUAAUGCAUUAGAACUUUAACUAAUGGAAAUGCUGGACUCUGUGGUUGGAGCAAUACUGGUUAAUGCUAUUAGAUAACAUCUGCCAGUUAAUGCAAUACCUAGAAUGUGGGAAUUGUAAACCCCUCUUAUAUAACAACAGAUGCUUUUUGUGCUGUUUUUAAUGCUGGCUGCAUUGCAGAUGCUGAGAAAAGAGCUUGUUAAGAACUGCUAAUAAGUUGUUUACAAUACACAGAGAUGUCGAAAUAUGUAUUUGGAGCGAUACAAAAUGCACACCAGUAACAGAUCCUGCUACUUAUUGUACAAAGAUCAAGACCUAAUUAUGAGUAAUUUAGUGAUGCUACUUGUGUAUCUUUUCAUAGUGGUUGCACAGUCAAAGCAGAUUAAUCUGGCUGUCAAGAAAGAAAAGCAGUUUGCGCGAAUUAUACAACAGAAGACAGUUGCACAUAUUCAGCUGCUGCAUCUCCUUUCAAUGUAUGUCUUUUUCUCAAUUCUAAUUGUGUUGCUGCAAGAGAAUUAUUAACUGAGUGUGCAGCUAUUACUGCAUCUUCAGGUUUGAGUGAUUCCGAUUGCUCUGGGUAUAACUCUAUCUGCACAUCAAAUAAAGCUGGGACUGCUUGUUAAGAUAAAAAAGGAGCAUGUACAGAUUACCAAAAUCAGGAUACAUGUUCUGUUUCCUCAAGUUCAAAAUGCAUUUGGAAAACUAGUUGUAUUUCUGUUAGUGAUGCAACUACUGACUGUGUAUAUGUAGUUGGAACAAAUUUAACUCAUGAUAUUUGUGUCUCUUAUAACAAUGGAUGUACAGUAAAUAAAGCAGGAACCUCUUGUUAAGAAAUGAAAAACACUUGUGCAGAUUAUACAAAAAGCGAGAAUUGCACUAGGUCGCAAGAUUUUGGACCAUAAAGUAAUUGUGUCUGGCAUUCUACAUGCAUCUCUGUCACCAAUACUUCUACUGAUUGUGCUUAUGUAACUGGUACAAAUUUGACUGACGAUCUAUGUGCUUUAUAUAAUCCUGAUUGCACAGUUAACUACUCAGGAUCUGCUUGCUAAGAAAAGAAAUCAAAUUGUUCAGAAUAUACUUUGAAAGAAAAUUGCUCACCAGAUUGCGUAUGGGAUGGCAGCAUCAAUUUGCCUUUUUAUAUCAGAUCCUUCCACUUAAUGCAACUUAGUUAAUGGAAAGACAGGACUCAACCUUGCAACGUGCCAAUUAUAUAAUAGUGA